CCUACCUUUGUCCUACCAUGUCUUGUUCUUCGUCCCAUCUUUGACCUUCAGGGCGCACCCCAUUUGCUCUUCUGCCAUCUCUUGCAGGUCCUUCAGGAUGUCCUUUGCUCGAGCAUCAGGUUCGCGUUUCGCCAGCGUAGGCGUAGCUGGGAGUAGCGCUCGUCUGGCAGGGGGCAGCAGCGUGAGGACACUGCGGGAGGGGAGUGUACCUGCCUCGUCCUCGUCCUUUUACUCCUACUCCUCCUCGUACCCUACACCUUCGACUUCCUCGACGACCGUCUUCAGACCUCCUACACCUCCUGUCAGUGUAGGCUCAGGCGCUGGCACAGGGGCAGGUGCAGGCGGCGCAAAGGCGGCGCAUACGCGCUUCUCCGCAUCGACUCCUCCGAAGAUCUCGGUGAUCCGGAGCCACGGAGUGGUCAAGUCCUCCUCUUCUGCUUCUCUAAACCUGCCGGGCGGCUCUUCCCGCCAGCCACCUCCCUCUCGUAGCUCCUCAAAGUCCUCUGCAGCAUCUUCCUCUUCCUCCUCUUCUUCGUCUUCUGGAACCUCUUCACGAGCUUGGCGCCCAAAGCUGAAAUUCAAUGCACACGCCCCGCCAAAAGGAGGAUGGUGUAGCAUCGUGUACUCCAUCUCCCUCGGUCUCGGUCUAGGCUUUGGGAUGAUCGUCUUUCCAUUACUCAGAGACACGAUUCACUGUGAAGGAGCUCAGCAAGGGGAGAAGAAGAGUGGGAAUCAAGCACGAGGAGCAGGCGGAAAGCCAGCGUAUGGCCUUGACCAGGUGACCCUCAUCUGCCUCGUCGGUGUGGGCUCCUCGGGCAAGUCCACGCAAGCAGCUCGUCUCCCGAAACGCUUCGAAGGCUUCGAGGUGAUCAGUGGAGUCAGCAGUGUGGACCAGGUGCACAAGGAAGUGCAGAAGCGUGCGGACAAGAAUGGGGAAAAGGAGACAUUGCUGGUCCUAGAUGGGUAUCCAGCCACGCUCGAGGAGGCGCAGAAGAUCGAGAAGGAGACGUGUCCCAUCUUUGUGGUGCUGUACUUUGAUCUUCCAAAGGAGAAGUACGCCGAGCGAGCAGGCGACUCCUCCUCCCCGCAAGACUGGGACAAGGGGUCCUCUGCCGUACUACCCCUCGUGAAGCAUUUCCGCAACAGGGGUAACAUACUCGAGAUUUCUGCCGAUUGGGACUCGGCAGACGAGGUGUGGGAGCAGGUAGAGGCAAAGGUGGAGCAGGUGUUGGAGCUAAAGGAAAUGGGAGAGGAUGUGAGCGUUGCCUGAGCGUUCUCUCGAGCAGUUAGUAGCUCUCCUCGCAGGAUCGUCAAUCGUCGAUAGUGGGCAUUGUAUUGUGUUGUACCUUCAAUAUUCCGUAUCUGUAUCAUUCCUCAUACUAUCAAUCUCAUCACAAGAGCAUACUAACUCUGCG